AUGGGCGUGGGCAGAUUCUUCCACUACAUCGGCAGCUUAGCCCUCUUGGUCGCGAUAGGUCUCCUAAUUGUGACCGACGUUGCAGCACCCACCGUCAACAACCUCUCCAUGUUCACUGUCUCAGAUCGAGACUCGAGCUCAUCAGCAUCGAUCCGCUUCGGCACAUUUGGUUAUUGCGUGCAAUCAGAAAACAGCCAGGAUGACUGCUCCAGCCCUGCCAUAGGCUACAACCCCAUCCCCAUCAUUCGGACCACCUUCCCCACAGUCUCCAUCUCCGACGCAACAUCCACCGCGACCUCCAAACUUACCAAUGCCAUGGUCCUGCACCCUGUCGCGACAGGUCUAGCGGGUAUCGCCUUACUGCUCUCCUUCAGCGCCGGCUUUGGGAGUUCCUUCUUGGCCACCCUCGUUAGCGCCCUCGCGUUUGGCACUGCAGUCGCAGCGCUUAUUGUCGAUUUUGUCAAUUUCGCGGCUAUCAAGGCGGCUAUUGCCAAUGAUGACGGGCAGUCAUCAGUAUAUGGGGACUUUGGGGUGGCGAGUUGGACAUUGCUAGCUGGUACAGCGUUGUUGUUGGUUUCGACGGUGAUUUUGUUUUUCACCUGUUGUAGUGAGAGGAGGGAGCGGAGGGGGCAUUAUCCUAAGGGGUACUAA